AGCUAAAUCACAAAAUAAAUCAAUCAAUGGUUGCAGUCAUGAAGUCAUUGGUGUCAAAGCUGACUCGAGCUCCGUGGCAAGGAAACUAAAUGAAAGUCACGUUAUCGGGACGUACAUGAGGAUUCAUUUGAUUGCCUCCAUGACAACCGACCUCCAUUCUUUAAUGAGCUUCUCUGAGAAAUGAUGAAACACAAUAAUGCUCCAGUAAAGCAUCAAAUUAGAUUCAGGUAGUGUUACGCAACACCGGAGCCGCUCGUUCAUUCACUGUGUGUUCUAGUGGCUGCGCGCACAACCGCAGCGAGUGCGCGGCGCAAAGUGGAUGAACGCACGUGGGACUGAGUCGUGACUGAACGAGGCAGCAGCGGAUCCAGCGAGAUCUCCGCUCUCUGCUCUUCUUCUGUGUAUCUCCAUCCUGAUGCGCCUGCCUCCUCCUCCUUCACCUCCUCCUCGUCUCCCUCCUGGAUCAGCAGAAACAGCAGUGAUGGGGAAGACCACCAUGUAGAGACGGAGAGGCAGCGGAGGCAACAACAGAAUAGCAGCAAUGGGAAGCCACACAUGGAGCGGGUCUGGACUGCAGCCGUGGUGAGCCUGAGACCUACAGGACUUGCAACCACCAUCAUUGCCCUACUCAGGACCUGACCACUGGGGCUGUCCAACGCUCACCUGGAUGCUCCCCACUUGUGUUUCAUCGCCCCCUCCUCUCUCCUCGUUCUCUGCUGCUCUUUCUCCUCUUCUUGUUUCUUCUCUUUGAUGGUUUUUGGUCUGCUGAUAUCUGACAGCCUCUCCUGAAACAGAGAAGCUGCUCAUCACUUGAUCCACUUGGAUUUUUUCCCCAUUUUAACCUGUGUUCCCUUUUUGGUUGUUGUCACCUGCUUGAUACCUAUUUUGGAUUUUUUUUUUUUCAUCUCUCUGUUGUGCAAGCUUUUUGAUUGAUCUAUAAGCAAUAACAAACACUAAUCUAACUGACUUGACUAACCGACAUCAUGGGAGACAUGUCGAACAGCGAUUUUUACGCCAAGAACCAAAGAAAUGACAGCAACCGGGUGGCUGGCUUCGGCUGCUCGCUCAUGGAGCUGCGCUCGUUGAUGGAGCUGCGUGGCACGGAGGCGGUGGUCAAGCUCCAGGAGGACUACGGGGAUGUGGAGGGAAUGUGCACACGACUGCAAACCUCACCCACAGAAGGCCUCACAGGCUCCCAACCCGACCUGGACAAGAGAAAAGAAAUAUUUGGGAAAAACCUGAUACCUCCAAAGAAGCCAAAAACCUUCCUGCAACUGGUAUGGGAGGCCCUGCAGGACGUCACCCUCAUCAUCCUGGAGGUUGCUGCACUGAUCUCCCUGGGCCUUUCCUUCUACCACCCUCCCGGAGACAGCUCCGGAGAGUACUGUGGAGCAGCGGCAGGGGGGGCAGAGGACGAAGGCGAGGCGGAAGCUGGCUGGAUCGAGGGUGCGGCCAUCCUGUUGUCUGUGGUGUGUGUGGUGCUGGUUACCGCCUUCAAUGACUGGUCGAAGGAGAAGCAGUUCCGUGGGCUGCAGAGCCGCAUUGAGCAAGAGCAGAAGUUCCAGGUGGUCCGUGGUAGCCAGGUUAUACAGCUGCCCGUGGCUGACAUAGUGGUGGGGGAUAUUGCACAGAUCAAAUACGGUGAUCUGCUUCCAGCUGAUGGUGUGUUGAUCCAGGGCAAUGACCUGAAGAUUGAUGAGUCAUCACUGACCGGAGAGUCAGACCACGUCAAGAAGACUGUGAACAAGGACCCCAUGCUGUUGUCUGGGACUCAUGUGAUGGAGGGGUCAGGGCGCAUGGUGGUGACUGCCGUCGGUGUCAACUCUCAGACUGGCAUCAUCUUCACGCUGCUGGGGGCCAGCACAGAAGAAGAAGAGAAGAAAGAAAAGAAAGAUCGGGCAGUGGAAGACGGACACCGGAAUACAGUAAAGAAGCAGGAUGGAGCAGCUGCCAUGGAGAUGCAGCCUCUUAAGAGUGCUGAAGGCGGAGAGACCGAUGAAAAAGAGAAGAAGAAGGUGUCCGUCUCAAAGAAGGAGAAAUCUGUGCUGCAGGGGAAGUUGACCAAACUGGCCGUCCAGAUUGGCAAAGCAGGUUUGCUCAUGUCGGCCAUCACAGUCAUCAUCCUGGUCCUGUACUUUGCCAUCGACAACUUUGUAUUGCAGAAGCUCCCGUGGAUGACAGAGUGCACUCCCAUUUACAUCCAGUAUUUUGUCAAGUUCUUCAUCAUCGGUGUCACUGUGUUGGUGGUGGCUGUGCCAGAGGGGCUGCCGCUGGCCGUCACCAUUUCCCUAGCGUAUUCUGUCAAGAAAAUGAUGAAAGACAACAACUUGGUGCGUCACCUGGAUGCGUGCGAAACGAUGGGCAACGCCACCGCCAUCUGCUCUGACAAGACAGGCACGCUGACCACCAACCGCAUGACGGCCGUGCAGUGUUACGUUGGAGAUGUGCACUACAAAUUAAUCCCAGACCCUGGAGUUCUGCCACCCAAAACACUUGACUUAAUGGUCAAUUCCAUCGCCAUCAACAGCGCCUAUACCACCAAGAUACUGCCCCCAGAUAAGGAAGGCGGACUGCCGAAGCAGGUGGGCAACAAGACAGAGUGCAGCCUGCUGGGAUUGGUUCUGAGCCUGAAGCGGGAUUACCAGACAGUAAGAAACCAGAUGCCAGAGGAAAAGCUUUACAAAGUCUACACCUUCAACUCUGUCAGGAAGUCCAUGAGCACCGUCAUCAAACUGCCUGAUGGGAGCUUCCGCAUGUACAGCAAAGGAGCCUCUGAGAUUGUCCUCAAAAAAUGCAGCCAUAUUCUGAACGAGGUGGGGGAGUCGAGGGUUUUCCGUCCUCGGGACAAGGACGAGAUGGUGAAGAAAGUGAUUGAGCCCAUGGCGUGUGAGGGCCUGAGGACCAUCUGUGUGGGGUACCGCGACUUCUCCUGCAAUCCUGAGCCAAACUGGGAGGAUGAGAACAACAUUCUAACUGACCUCACAGCCAUCUGUGUCGUAGGGAUAGAGGAUCCCGUCAGGCCAGAGGUGCCUGAUGCCAUCCAGAAGUGCCAGCGUGCCGGCAUCACCGUGCGCAUGGUGACGGGAGACAACAUUAACACAGCCAGGGCCAUAGCUAUCAAGUGCGGCAUCAUUCACCCAGGAGAAGACUUCCUCUGUAUCGACGGCAAAGAGUUCAACAGGAGGAUCCGCAACGAGAAAGGAGAGGUGGAGCAGGAACGUAUUGACAAGGUUUGGCCUAAACUCCGAGUUCUGGCCAGAUCCUCCCCAACCGACAAACACACACUGGUCAAAGGAAUCAUUGACAGCACGAUGGCAGUGCAGAGGCAGGUGGUGGCUGUGACAGGAGAUGGGACCAAUGACGGACCUGCUCUAAAGAAAGCUGACGUUGGCUUCGCCAUGGGUAUUGCUGGUACAGAUGUGGCCAAGGAAGCGUCAGAUAUCAUCCUGACCGACGACAACUUCAGCAGCAUCGUCAAGGCGGUGAUGUGGGGCCGAAACGUCUACGACAGUAUCUCCAAGUUUCUUCAGUUCCAGCUUACUGUCAACGUUGUGGCCGUCAUAGUCGCUUUCACCGGCGCUUGCAUCACACAGGACUCUCCUCUGAAGGCGGUGCAGAUGUUGUGGGUGAACCUGAUCAUGGACACUUUUGCAUCCCUGGCUCUGGCAACUGAGCCUCCCACAGAGUCUCUGCUGAAGAGGAAGCCAUACGGUCGCAACAAACCCCUCAUCUCCAGCACCAUGACGAAGAACAUCCUGGGACACGCGGUCUAUCAGCUCAUCAUCAUCUUCACUCUUCUCUUUGUUGGCGAAAAAAUCUUCGACAUCGACAGCGGCCGUAACGCACCUCUCCACUCUCCUCCAUCUGAACACUACACCAUUAUCUUCAACGCCUUUGUUAUGAUGCAACUGUUUAAUGAGAUAAACGCUCGAAAAAUCCAUGGAGAGAGAAACGUGUUUGAGGGUAUCUUCAAGAACCCCAUCUUCUGCACGAUUGUUCUUGGCACCUUCGCUGUGCAGAUUGUAAUUGUGCAGUUUGGGGGGAAGCCAUUCAGCUGUAAACCUCUGAACGUGGAAAAGUGGAUGUGGUGUGUUUUCCUCGGACUGGGAGAGCUUCUCUGGGGCCAGGUCAUAUCCACCAUACCCAAUAACAGGUUGCGUUUCCUGCGGAGGGCCGGCCAGUUGACCAAGAAAGAUGAGUUACCAGACGAGGACUUAAAUGAAGAUAAUGAGGAGAUUGACCACGCAGAGAGGGAGCUGAGGAGGGGACAGAUACUCUGGUUCAGAGGACUCAAUCGUAUUCAGACUCAGAUCCGCGUUGUGAAUGCAUUCCGUAGCUCCCUCUAUGAAGGCCUGGAAAAACCCGAUUCCAGAACAUCCAUCCACAACUUCAUGACACACCCCGAAUUUAGGAUAGAAGACUCCACGCCCAACAUUCCCCUCAUCGACGACAUGGACGAUGACCCCGCUCGGAGGAGGAAGAUGUACUCCAGCCAGCCCUCGUCCCCCAACAAGAAUAACAAUGCCAUCGACAGUGGCAUCAACCUCACCAUCGACACCAGUAAAUCGGCUGCUUCCUCCAGCCCCGCCAGCCCUCUGCACAGCCUGGAGACCAGCCUCUAACCCUGAUCCAAAACCUCAGCUCUAACCUCUCGAUCGCCUCUCCUUGAAGUCUGGGUGUGCUUCUUCCUAGUUCCCUCCAGACCUUUAAUGCAACCUCACACCUUGUCAACCCCCAAAUUUCACCCAGUUCCGGCUGAAUUGUUCUCCUCCAGCCCCCUCAGAUCCCUUAAGCUUGAGCUCUUAAAGCUCUCUGUUCCUCUCGAAAUGGAGAAAAUCUAAAGUAAUACAGCAAGGUGAAAAAAAAACUAACUAGCAUACAAUCAAAAAAGCGCAGUAAAGCCACAAAACCUACACAGCCAUCCUGCUUUAAUGGUUGUAUGUGUACAGUGGCGGCAGUUGUGGUUUGUAUGACUAUAUGCGUGUUAGCAUGUACUGUAUAAGCGUGCCGCGGACUGCACAUAUGUAUGAACUGUGUCCUUCGUGGCACCGGGAGGAGACGAUACAGAGGGACACACUGCUGAGGAGUGAAAAUCACAAAACAGGACAGACUUUAAAACUCCGCUCACACUCCCUCUCCUCAACACUAACAUUGUCAAUACUGAUUAUAGUUUAAAUUAAAUUGAAGAGCAUUGUU